AUGUUGAACUCUGAUUCCUACGCGGACUUCGCGCGAUUUCACAGCAGAAGGAGUACUGUCCACAGUACGAAUGGAAUGAUUGCUUGCAGUCAGCCUCUGGCUGCAACCGCUGGACAGAAAAUAUUGAUGGAUGGUGGUAAUGCUGCUGACGCCGCAGUCGCGGUUGCGGCUGCUUUGAACGUCACCGAGCCUUGCUCAACUGGAAUUGGAGGAGAUAUGUUUUGUUUAUUCUUCGAGGCCAAGACCAAGAGAAUCCAUGCGAUCAAUGGAUCUGGUAGGUAUCCAAUGGCUGCGACUGUGGAGCAGGUCCGUCAUGAUUUGAACGUGCUGGCUACCGACAAAGGCUCUAUUCCACUUAACAGUGCACUUUCGAUCACAACACCCGGUGCUGCCGCCGGCUGGGUUGACACCGUUAGCAGCUUUGGGAGUGGCAAGCUCUCUCUAGAACAGGUAUUGACUCCCGCAAUUCAAUUGGCGGAAGAAGGAUUCCCAGUGUCUGAGAUAGCGUCCUAUAAUUGGAGAUCAAGUGAGGAGAUGAUUCGCAACGCCUCUCCCAAUUUUCGGGAGAUGCUGAAAAAGGACCCGACUGCCAAAGACGGUGUUCGAUCCCCUCAGCCGGGUGAGAUCAUGCACAAUCCAUCUCUCGCCCAAACGUUUCGCAAGUUGGCUUCGGAAGGCAAGAGUGGAUUCUACGAGGGAAGCGUCGCCGAGGAGGUGGUCAAGAUUGUGCAGGAUCUGGGAGGAUAUCUUUCCCUUGAAGAUUUGAAACAGCACGCAAAAGUUGGAAGCCAAAUGGUUGAUCCGAUUUCCCUCGAUUUCAACCCAGAGAGUUUCAAACAUCCAGGCUCGUCGAAUACCGAGAGUGUCAAAGUCUGGGAGCACCCUCCUAAUGGCCAAGGAAUUGUCGCUCUCAUGGCUUUGGGGAUUCUAGAGGAGCUCCAGGAUAGCGGAAGACUUGACAAGCUCAAACUAAAGCAUCACAAUUCUACAGAAUAUCUGCAUGCUAUCAUCGAGAGCCUGCGGAUUGCCUUCGCCGAUGCAAGGUGGUGGGUAAGUGACCCAGACUUGGCCAAUAUUCCAGUGGAACAGCUACUCUCCCGUCGCUAUUUAGCUGAGCGAGCCAACAUCUUUGACCUGAAGAAGGCAUCUUCUUUGGUGACUCAUGGAAGCCCGGCUUACAAUCAUUGUGACACUGUCUACUUUGCUGUCACUGAUUCCGAUGGCAAUGGAGCAUCUUUCAUUAUUAGCAACUACGAAGGCUUUGGAUCAUGCAUUAUUCCCAAAGGAUGUGGUUUCACCCUGCAAAAUCGUGGAUCGAAUUUCCGACUCGACGACGGUCACCCAAACGUCCUGGCUCCUGGAAAACGACCGUAUCACACCAUCAUCCCGGCAAUGGUCACAAAUGUUGAUGGGUCCUUGCAUUCUGUUUUUGGGGUGAUGGGGGGAUUCAUGCAGCCUCAAGGGCAUGUUCAAGUCCUACUGAACAUGCUGGUGUUUGAUCUUAGCCCCCAGGAGGCCCUUGAUGCGCCUCGCAUAUGCAUCGGCGCUGUCUCAAAAGACGACCCGGAGGCUGACAAGACCAUUUUUGUGGAGGAAGGGAUUCGGGAAGUGACAGUUGAUGGCCUACGUAGCCUCGGUCAUAAUGUGAUUGUAUUGAAGGGCCAUGAUCGAUCUAUGUUUGGGCGUGGGCAAUUAAUUCGCUGUCGACGCGAGGAGGGGAGAAUUAUCUUUAGUGCAGGUAGCGAUCCUCGCGGUGAUGGUCUAGCCAUUCCCCUCUAG